AUGUCGGAACUGCUCAACAAACCGCGCGCAGAGCUGUCCGAAAAAGAUCUCCAGGAUCUGGAAGACUACGAGUUCAACAACGGGCCGCUCCGAUUGCUCACGAACGCCAUCCAGAACAACGCCACCGUUCUGAUCUCGCUUAGAAACAACCACAAGCUCAUAUCCAAAGUUAAGGCCUUUGACCGUCAUUGCAACAUGAUUCUGGAAAACGUCAAGGAAAUCUGGACAGAGUCCAACCCAGAGGACAGAAACAAGAAAACCACAAGAGAGCGCUUCGUUUCCAAGAUGUUUCUUCGAGGAGACUCUGUGAUUGUAAUUCUUAAGCAUUCCUAA